AUGGAUUUAUCACAUGAUGAUAUUAAUUCUGUAAAAGACAAUUAUUUUAAGAACGAACUAGCUAAAGUAGAACUAGCUGAAGUAAAACCACCUUCUACAAACUUGCUUUAUAAGCCUGAGGUAGUUGAAAUAUUUGAUAUCAACUUUCCUGUAUUUGAAAUAUUUGAUGUCGACUCUUCUGAAGAAAAAAAUGAUAAACUAGCACUAAAAAUUUAUAAAGGACAAACUUUAAAUCAUGGAAGAAAGCUGAAAAGAAAACAUACUGAAUCAAGUGUUAAGGCUGAAUCAAGUAUUGAGGCUGAAUCAAGUGUCGAGAAUA